AUGCCCUCAUCCUCGCCCUCACACUCACAGAGCAGUCGCAACGACCUGUUUCCUUUCCUCACCAAGCUCCGCGAUGGCGCCAUUGAGCUCUUCUUCGGCCGCCAUCCUUCCAAGGCCGCCCCGGCGGCGCCCAGAUACUCGCACUCGCGAUACGCCAGUGAGCUGGUCUUGCGAUUCAACGUCACCACUGCCGCCGACGAGGCCGCGCUCGCGGAGGCUGCCGCCCAGCUCUUCCUCGAUGUGUGGGCUUUCACGACUGACUUCGUCGACAUCCGGCUUCAUGCAAAGGAAGUACAACCGCUGCUCAGCCUACUACCUCCGUCCCUUCGGGCAUCUCAAUCAACCUUGAUAGCGGAUCUGGCCACUGCAGUUUACCAGCAAAUGCCGUCAGCCAAGGGCAACUCCUUGACUUCAGAUAGAAUGAGCUGGGCGCUGUCGGAACCGCUGAGAUCUGUUGAUAACCUCUUCUUCCAAGACUACCAGCCUCUGCCCGUCAUCAUCCGCUGGAUGCGUCUGCUGGAGGCCAUGUUCCCAUCAUAUGUCAAAUACAUUACGAUAGGAAAGUCGUUUGAGGGGCGAGAGAUUCCCGCCCUCCGAGUCGGAGUACCAGAACUCGCCGACCCCAGCAAGCCUCGAAAGAUGAUUGUCGUCACCGGCGGUCUCCACGCUCGCGAGUGGAUUUCAACCAGUACCGUCAACUACGUGGCGUGGUCAAUGAUCACAUCGUUUGGAAAAGAGCCAAUGAUUACCAAAUUCCUGAGCCAUUUCGAUGUAGUCUUCAUUCCGGCAGUCAACCCUGAUGGAGUGGAAUACAGCUGGGAGGUUGACCGUCUGUGGCGCAAGAACCGACAGCAAACAAACCUGCGCUUCUGCCGCGGCAUGGACCUGGACCAUGCCUUUGGUUUCGGUUGGAACCAUGCAGAGACCCAAAGCGACCCGUGCUCAGAGAGCUAUGGCGGAGAUAAACCCUUCCAGGCCACCGAGGCCAAUGUGCUUGCCCAGUGGGCCAAAAACGAGACACAGCACAAUGUCAAGUUCGUCGGACUGCUGGACCUCCACUCUUAUUCGCAACAGGUCCUCUUUCCCUACUCCUACACGUGCUCCACUGAGCCGCCCAAUCUCGAAAACUUGGAGGAGCUAGCCAUGGGAAUUGCCAAGGCGAUUCGCUUGUCUAACGGAGAGUCAUACUCGGUCACCUCUGCCUGCGAGGGCGCUGUGGCUUCCAAAGACUCCGGCGACCGCCAUCCCGUCUGGCCUCGCAUCGAAUCAGGCGGCGGGUCCGCGAUCGAUUGGUUCUACCACGAGCUGGGCGCUCACUUUAGCUAUCAAAUCAAGCUUCGAGACACGGGGAGCUACGGCUUCCUCCUGCCGAAAGAAUACAUUAUUCCGACAGGUGAGGAAGUGUUUGACGCGAUGAAGUAUUUUGGGGAUUAUCUCCUGGGAAACAACGGCAUUGAGAAGACGGUGGGCAACAUGGAGGAAAUUGUGAAUCUGGAAUUCGACGAGACCCAAGAAACAUUUGCAGAGCUGCGACGACGCAGAUUGCGAAGAUAG